UGAAUAGCUUGGUCAAUUGUGGUGCACGACAUAAGCACAUAUAUAAGAGAACAAUGCUACUAACUGAGCAAGUUAGAGUGAGCAAAGGAAGCCCAAUUGUUACUUGUCUUCUAGAAGGUCCAAGUGGCAAUGGUAAGACUGCAAUGGCAGCUACUGUUGGUAUUGACAGUGAUUUUCCCUAUGUCAAGAUAAUAUCAGCUGAAACAAUGAUUGGGCUUAGUGAAAGCAGUAAAUGUGCUCAGAUUGUGAAGGUAUUUGAGGAUGCUUCUAAGUCACCAUUAAGCAUUAUUAUCCUAGAUGACAUUAAGAGGCUAUUGGAGUAUGUUGCAAUUGGACGUCGAUUUUCUAAUUUGAUUUCUCAAACAUUGACAGUCCUUCUCAAAAGGCUUCCUCCCAAGGUUUUUCCUUUAUUCCAUUUCUGUAUUGGCUGA